AUGUCGAACACAACCGGCUUCCCGCACAACAGACUCUAUACAUGCCGAUACUGGGCUUUGGGUCCAGAAUGCCCUAACGUGGACGCCUUUCGCACCGUCACCUGCGAAUUCGCUCACUACGAUACAGGCGACCUUGCCAGCCAUGUCCAGCAAAGAGGCACGUGUCUGGCGUGGAAACAGUACGGCUUCUGCGGAAGAGGUGUCGGAUGCUGGUAUGAACAUCGUGACACAGGAGUGACCGGUCUCUACCAAGGGACUAUCGAGCUUAAUGGCCUCGAGCUGCAGGUCGCCCACGCAGCCGCAAAGGCUGGUUUCAACACAUUCAACCACGAGGCCUUGUUCAAUCUGAUAUGGGCAGUCAAGCGACUUGCGUUGCGAGCAGGCGCUUCCCGGCUUCGCAGCCUCCCUCCGCCACCCAAGGACCCAAUAUAUAUCGUCCAAGCGCGCCCCGUCGAGUUGAAGUUCCAUCCCAUCAAGCCUUUGAUGAGAAAGCGGCCACUGGAAGAUGCUGAGCGGGGACAGGCGGAUAAAGCCAUCGACUUGACUGCAGAUUCGGACACCGAGGAUCUCAUUGACCUCACGAACCCUUCUGGCAACACGUCCAAGCGGCAAAAGGUGGCGGCGAACAAGCAUACCAAACCCAAACCAUCGGCUGGCCGGGGGACGUUCCAAGGACUCAAUGCAUCUUCUACUCCUACACCCCCGGCGUGGGAUGCACAGUCCAAAUCACAACGCAAGCGAGGAGGUAGAAGGGCCAAAGCUGCACAAGCCAUACCAAGAGUGCCACUGACGGCCGCCAACGCUGUACCGAUUGUGCCGAUGACGGCGGAGGAAGAAAUCGCGAAGCAGCUGCUCCUGGUCAAGACAAGGUUGGAAGAGGCUACAACGAAUAUGAACAACUGUCAGGCAACCAUGAAGGCGCUCUUCGAUCGUCACUACGCCAUAUUCGACAAUGAUGAGACCAUGAUGGCGCUUCAGAAGCUCAGUAAUCAUAUGAACAAGGUGUAUGAUGGGGGGAAAGAUGGUGCCGGCGAGAUGGACAAAGCAAUGGCAUUGCUAAAUAUUCGCAAAGACGGUGCCGGGAAUUAA